CGUCCUGACCGACGCACCGCGAGACGGAAACGGACAGACGCCUCGCCGGGAUGUGAGACGAGCACGGGCUCUCAGAAUGCCACAGCUUCUUUGUACACAAGUAUAUAAAGAGAGAUUGUCCAGUAACGGGGAGUCGUGAUUAUUAUUUAUUUAUUCUGUUCGUCCAGAGGAGCGGCACACGUCCUGCAGCCGGCAUGCCUCCUGCACAGAGCCUCCAAUCCAGCAGACUGACCCUCUCUGAAACAAGCAUGGGUACCUUUAAGAAGAGGAAGAGGAAAUCGAUAAUAGUGACGGUGUUGCUGCUCAUUGUAUCCGUGCUCAUCCUCAUCUUUGGCCUGGCAGCGACCACCAGGACGCAGAACAUCACCGUAGGCGGCUACUACCCAGGACUCAUUCUGGGCUUUGGCUCUUUUCUGGGAAUUAUCGGCUCUCAUUUGAUAGAGAACAAGAGGCAGAUGUUAGUGGCAUCUAUUGUCUUCAUCAGCUUCGGAGUGGUGGCUGCCUUCUGCUGUGCUAUAGUUGAUGGAGUGUUUGCUGCGAGGCAUAUUGACCUCAGGCCUCUGUAUGAUGGCCGCUGUGAGUAUCACUCCAGUGAGACUUCAGCUGAACGUGAUGUGACAUGUCAGAUAUCAUCGCGCACAUCCUGUAACCUGCGUGUGAAGGGCAAUACCUGCUACUGCUGCGACCUCUACAACUGCGGGAAAGAACAUCCUCUUAUGGGACUUCAGAAUAAAGAUGUUUUGAAAAAGUUUAGGAAAUCAUCCAUGAUUUGGAACCGUGUGGAGGUUAUUGGUGGCUACCACGAAUACACAGAUGUGAAGAGCUGCCAGGACGUGGUGCACCUCUAUCACCUGCUGUGGUCCGCUACAAUCCUUAACAUCGUCGCCCUCUUUCUGGGCAUCAUUACUGCCGCAGUGCUAGGAGGCUUCAAAGACAUGAUUCCCUCCGCGGCCUCAGAGAGUACAUCUGAACCGGAGGCCAUCGCAGCUCCAGUCCUCUCACAGCCUCCUCCACCCACCACCACCAUCAGCUCGUACAACACUGCCCCAUGCCUGCCGCCUUACACCGCGCACGACCUGCAGGGCUCCUUACUGUUCCCCGACUCCUCAGCUCUCUCAGAUGACUCCCAGUCUGGAGCCAGCCACCUGUGGCCCACGAUGAUCCCUCCACGCUACUCGCCUCCUCACAACCAUCCUGACGAGAAGCCUCCACCGUACAGCCCGUAAUAUGGCUUCAAGCUAAGAAGGACGCCUGAAACAUUAUCAGGUGUUUUGUAGAUUGCUGACUAAGUGAUUUGAAUGCACGAUUCCUCUGAGCUUUUCCUCACAAUCUUUGAGAACUGUGUUGAGGGAAAAGGUGGUGAGGAAGAGGAGGACUACCACGGAGCACACUCACUUUGAGUUCAGCCCAAAACAAGGAGUGUCUGUCUCCCUGGGCACCACUCACACUCAUGCCUGCACUGUGCGUCUGUGUGCAUCUACACAUCAAGAGAGACAACCGGAUCAGAGCCAGGACUGUUUACACAUCUACCUGCCUUAAUGCAAACGGGCUUCCAGCGCUGCAGCUCUCGGUCUCCUGGACUUAUUCUGUACAAGGUCAAAAACUCUCCUCCAGCUCAUGCUUUAUGUUUACCACUCAGUUCAUAUUGUAAAUGCUUCACGCCUCGAGCGGCAAAGAUGAUGACGUCCUCACUGUGUGCACUAUGAGGAUCUAAACUGGUGCUCACAGCUACCACCUUCCCAUGAGAUCGAAACCACAGUUACAUAAAAGCUUUGGUGUCUCUUCUGAAUUUGAAUCAGCUAGAAAAUGUAUAACUGUAGUUGUUGGCCCAAGCAGACGUUUCUCUAACAGUUUAGUAGACAAUGUAGACAGUAAUGAAGGUAUUACAUGCUUAUUAUGUAUGUACAGCAGUGUGGUAUACAGAUGCUCCUUUAGCAGUUAAGACUAUGGUAUACGAACAGAUCAUGGUAUAUAUUUAUCAGUUUAUGUUCUAAAAUAUCUUGAUCAAUGUGUGGUGCACUUUGCAGAGGAAUGUCUAUGAAGAAAUAAGUUAUUCUGCAGUUAUUGUUAAGGAAGGGCGGUUAAGUUAACUUGCGAGCCAAACCCUAUUUAUUGUCUUUUCACUAAAAGCUGCAAAGCAGGUUAACGUAUAUUGUGUCUCUCUUUGCAAGUUGUUGUAAUAUCACACUAUGAGUUGAAAUGUGUUGUCUCUGUCAGGCCGAGCAUGGACAGUCGGUGCUGGAUUCACUGACAUGAGAUGGGAGAUCAUGAAAAGCGGAAAGGACUGUUGGAAGAGUGAAUAAGAAUAAACUGAGUCCAUGAGGCAGGUCUCUGUCAGCUUUAAUCACUGCUUUUUAUAAUUUAAACAACACAUUCUCAGGGGCUGAUUGUCAGUUCCUUUUUGU